AUGAUGGACGUAGGACCCGAACAUAAACGUCCCAGGCUUCAAUCAUGGUCUUCAGAGACAACUCGUCAACUCCCAAGUCUACCUCCUCCUCAACCCUCUCAACCUAACAAUCCCUAUCCGCCGCACCACUCCCCGUUCUCACGCCCACCAGAACCUCCUCAUCUGAUAGACCGUCGUCCCUCCGAGCAUCCUCCAUACGAGCACCAAGACCGCAGACCAAACUCGGGCCCGUCGCAUACAUAUGGGCCUCCUCCUCCUCCACCACCCCAAGGUUAUCCUCGAGCACCAGAGCCGAUGGUAAAGAGAGACCCGUCAGAUGAACCGCCGCCGCCACAGUAUCGACCACCUUCCACCGGCAACGGUGUCGAGCACAAUGUAAAUCCAAACAUCCCACCUCAUCACGACAGCGGUGGACGACCAUACCUUCCUCCUUUCGACCCUACGAGACCACAAUAUCCACCUGCGCCAUACCCACCAACGCAAAGUCCAAUGUCGGCUACAGAACCGUACAAUGUUCCUUAUGGAACCACAGGACUUCCCCCUCCAAGAGAAGGCAAUGCAUACCCCUCAUUGUCUUACCCAGCGGCACCACCAAGACAGCAGCCUGAUAUCAGGAAGAAGGCACAAAGAGCUGCUCAAGCAUGCGACAGCUGUCGGACUCUUAAAGCAAAAUGCGACGAGGGGAGGCCGUCGUGUACCAGUUGCAAGGAGAAAGGUAUCGAGUGCCGGUAUCGGGACCCCCCUCCAAAACAGCAAGAUAAGGCGUCAGCAGAUAUCAUGGAUACUCUAGCGCGCCUGGAGGCUGCUAUUAAUGAUAGAUUUCAACGGCUGGAUAAUAGAGUGACCGACAUACAGGAAACGCUCAUCCGCAGGAAGCCAAACUCAGAAGCAGCAAUGAAGGUAGAGGACGAAAAUGUCCGGAUACCGCUUGGGGUGUAUGGACGAGCAUCAGUCGGUUCUGAAUCGCAACGUUUAGCUUCAAAUGAAUCACCCUACUCAGCAACAACUCCUGGCUUGCAAAAGAUUCCGGAUAUGCCCGAGCCACCUAGGCCUGGGGAAGAAGCGUCCGAGGAAGAGGAAGAGUCGGGCGAUCCUGGUCCCCCGAAAGCGCCUUCAAUUCCAGUCAAUCACACCACAGGAGCUGCGCGACUACUUCUCGUUGGUCCAAUCCAUGAGAUGCUGAAGCAUAUUCUGAAGCAUGGAAAGAUAAAGGGAGAGAAGUAUCCCAUUGUCCAGGAAGAGCGAAGAGGUCUUCUCAGACUCUUUGGGAGAGGGGAGGGUUAUGAUGCUCCUCCAGGAUAUGAUCGAGAUCCAUUGACAGAUCAUGGCGACAGUACUCCGGGCGAUACACCUUCCAAUGUCUCCUCUCCCGCCGCUGGAGAAGAAUGGGGACAACUCGGUGGUCUCACUCCCCCAGCAAAUCCUGGUAACCCACAGCCUGAGUUUGCGAGAGCAGGAAUUAGCGCUGAAGGCAUGCCGGAUUUCAGCAGAGAAAUCGUCUACGACUUGGUACAAAGUUACAACAACCACAUGAACAUCAUGCACCCGAUCUUGAUACCAUCGCAACUCAAUGCGCUGGUUGAGCAAUUCCUUAAAUCAAUUCCAGAAAGUCAUGCGAAACCUUUGCAAGUGUCGACAUUGGUGGCAGGACAUGCUGGUCAUCCAGGGCCUGGGUUUGCGAAAACUCCUGGUGGCCACAGAAAUCCCGAAAGCCCGGGUAACAAGCGAAAAAGGUCACCCGUCUCAAGCGACUACUCAGAGAUUCCAGUCAUGGUUGAACAUAAGCCUGGCCAUCCGUUCCGGUCUAUCAGUUCUGCGCUGGUCCUGCUUGUCAUGGCUCUAGGGAAGAUAUGCCAAUACAGAGAGAGGAUACCUGACCCCGUCAGCGACAAGGAGCAUGAUACAUCGUUUGGCAGUUCUCCCGUGAUACGAAACGGACUCCCGCCAUCACCACUUCAGAGCUCGCCUUCACUAUCUACGCCAGUAGGAAUGCCAUCGCCUCAAGAUAUCGAUAACAAAUUCUAUCCCCGGAGUCGCAGAACAUCACUUGAGGGUGGGCUCGCAGCGAAGACCUCUUCUGGGCUGAAAAAGAAAAACUUGGAUAUUAUCCCAGGUCUUUCAUAUUUCGCUCUUGCGACAGAUGUCCUCGGAAAUCAACUUGCUGGGAACAGUCUUCAGCACGUUCAUGCUAACAUCCUGGCUGGGUUAUACCAUGGCCAGUUGGGCCGAGUCAUGGAAAGUCAUGGUUACAUUGCUGCGGCAUGUCGUAGUCUUCAGAUCAUCCUUCGACCGAAAAUCGACAGGUUCAAGCGGCUCAAAGCAAACUUCCAACCCGCUCCUGGAAAGGAUAAUCCUCUUCUUUUUGCAUUCUGGACUUGUCUGCAACUGGAAAGUGAUAUUGUCGCUGAAUUACCAUGUCCGCAUUCUGGUAUCCUUACUUACGAAGAAGACAUUCCCAAUCCCAACUAUGAAGCCGCUGUUCAGGACGGUUUCGACCACAGAAUCAUCGAAAGCUACUCGGCUCAACUGUUUCUACGACGACACCUGAAUCAACUGCAUAAUAUGUUCUACAAACCGGAGGGUGAAGACAGCCAAUUUCCCAAGGUGGUCGUCAGACUUCCUGAUCACUUUCCAACGAUCGAAGCCUGUCAAACGAACCUCGACACAAUUGAGAAAUGGGCCCCACAAUUCAUGUGGGAUGCUGAUAGAGGCGAACCUGCAAGGGAUAUCCUUGGCGCAAGACUUCGUGCAAAGUACUAUGGCGCUCAAGUUAUCACGUAUCGACAUUUCAUUCUCAAGAUAUUGGAGAUAUCUUCCAAAACAGAAGAGCAGGUCACCGACGAGUUCAAAGCCAAUAUCUCAGCACCUGUCGUACCAAGUGGUACCAGAAUCGAAGAUCUUGACCCCAAAGUCCUCGAGUUUGCACGCAACGGAAUCAAAGCUUUGAUCUUCAGCACAAAGGCAUUCCACGGUCUUGGAGAUCCCGGGAGAGUGAGGUUGAUUGUGACUAACGUUUGGGGAACGGCACAUGCGCAAUGGGGUAAUAUGUUGACUUUAUCAGCGGCAUACAUGAAUCCAUUUCUCACCAACCUUGUGCUCGAAUUCGUCAGCAGGGAGGAGCUGCGAGACUUACUCGACAAGACAUUGGCGUUCCUUAGACUUACCGCGACGGCAACAUCAGCUCUCGCUAUCGAUAUCAAGCUCUUGCAACAUGUUGGACAGAGAGCGAAUCUCAUGACACCUGAGGGACCCCCUACUUCAUCCAGUUUCUCUAGUUCUAACACUGGAGAUGUCCCAAUGGGUGGACACUAUCAACAGUAA